AUGUAUUCCCAGUCAUUGAAGUUAUUGUCAAUAUUGACAAUAAUAUUCGCCAUCACUCAAGCAACUUGGAUUGAUCGUGCUAUCUUUAUUAGACAAACAGAUGUGAGUUCUGCUGCCGUGGGCACAGCGGCAGCUGGAGCAGGAGGAGCAGGAGGAAGUAGUGCUGCCACAACUACUGCAGGGAGCGGCGCAGAUUCAGAUACUACAACCGCAGCAGCAGCAACAACAUCAAAAUCUACGACUUCAACGACGUCAGCAGCAACUAGCAAAGAGACUAAAGAUACUUCCACAACAACUACACCAACCCCGGCCCCCACAACUCCAACUUCAACCACAACUACUGCACCUACAACCACACCAACGAAAACUACAGCAUCAACUCCAGUAGUCGUCCCCGAGUCAUCAUCAACUACAACCGCAGCAGAUCAAACAACUGCUGCUGAGACUACCAAAGAUGAUCAAACAACUAAAACAACUGCGACUUCAACAUCUAGCGCCACUACCAAGACUAGCAAAACCAGCAAGACUACUACAUCCGAAACUACAACAUCCCAAUCAACCUCCUAUUCCCGCAUCACCAUCACUCCCCCAGCCACCCCCGUCGUCGUAACCGUCGUCACUACCGCAAGCGGAAGUACAUUCACAUCUCAAUACACGACGUCCUCUACGCCCUCCGCCUACGCCACUACAACCGCCAUCCUCACACCCGUCGGAUCCUCCUCAUCCUCCUCAUCCAUGUCCACCAAAACCCGAAACACAAUCAUCGGAGUAGUCGUCGGAAUCGGCGGAGCAAUCCUUCUUGGAGGUUUAUUCAUCGUCGCGUGGAGAGUCUGGGGUCGAACAAAGAAGGAAGAUGAGAAUGAUGGUUUGAUGGGUGGUUAUGAUCCGGUUUCUGCGGGUCAUGAAAUUAAGAAUGAAGGUGGUGCUGUGCCGAAUCCUUUUCAGACUACCUUGGAGAAUUAUCAUCAACCGGGUAGAGGGAAUGUUUCGGCGAAUUUUUAG